AUGGCAGUCACUACUAUCGUGGGCCUGCUGGUCCUUGUGCCAUUGCUGCUCCUAGCGCUGGCUAGGCUGUCCCUCCUGCUCUUAGGGAGAUACCUACUCUCACAAACAAAAGAUCGACGCGACAUUUUGCAAGCUCUGUUCAAGAGAGAUCUUGAUCUAGGUUCACACGAGAACGUCACCGAGGUAGACAAUGGCUGGGGCAAAGUUGACACACCGCCUUCAGAGUCAGAUCAAGAGAAGUGGUCGGGCAUUAUAGGCUUCUUUCACCCAUUCUGCAACGCAGGAGGCGGUGGUGAACGAGUUCUAUGGGCAGCUAUUGCUGCAACGCAGACAAAAUGCCCUCGUGCCAUCUGUGUUGUGUAUACGGGCGACCACGAAAUCGAGCGAGAUGCAAUCAUUGACACGGUCAAGAAGCGCUUUGACAUAUCCCUCCAGUCGCACUCCCUACAAUUUGUGUACCUCUCUCAACGCCGUCUCGUUCUUGCCUCCACGUGGCCACACUUUACACUCCUUGGUCAGAGCAUUGGGAGCAUGAUUCUCGCUUACGAAGCCUUCAACAUGCUGGUGCCCGACAUCUUCGUUGACACGAUGGGCUAUGCCUUUGCUGUUGCCUUCGCACAUUAUCUUUUCCCUCGUCUGAUAACUGCGGCAUACGUGCAUUAUCCCACAAUCUCAACCGAUAUGCUCGAGAGCUUGGAUGACAAAACAGGAACCAAGGGCAUACAUUCUGGUGCAGGCUCAGGCUGGCGAGGCAGAGCCAAGAAAGCCUACUGGCACGGCUUUGCAUGGCUUUAUGGUUGGGCUGGCAAGAGUAUCGAUGUGGUUAUGUGCAACUCCACAUGGACCGCGAACCAUAUUCGCAAGCUGUGGAAGCCUGCACAACCAAGCAUAGUCUACCCACCCUGCCCGGUGAGUGAGAUCGGGAGAAAGAUCAAGAUAGACGGCUACCCAGACGAGCAACGAGACCCUACCACUCUCUACGUGGCGCAAUUUCGACCCGAGAAGAACCAUAGCCUCAUCCUCAAUGCCUUUGCGAAAUUCUACCAUAGCAAUGCUGAGUCUCCUGCUUUCAAGAGCUCCAAGAAGCCACGUCUGAUUCUGCUUGGAAGUGUUCGUGCCAACACACCAGAUGAAAAGUACAUCUACAAACUUCGCUUGCAGGCGCACGAGUUGAAGAUUACAGAAUGUACAACUUUCAUCACAGAUGCUCCUUUUAGCUUGAUACUAGAGCAUCUUCAGUCGAGCAGUAUUAGUGUAAAUGGCAUGUAUGCCGAGCAUUUUGGUAUAGGCAACGUCGAAGGCCUCGCUGCUGGCCUCAUUCCUGUUGUUCACAAUUCUGGUGGCCCAAAAGAAGACAUCGUCGUACCUUACGAAGGACAAGACAUCGGCUUUCUAUGUGAGAACGAGUCGGAAUACGCAGACGCUUUCAAGAAGGUGCUAAUCGGUUUGUCCACACAAGAAAGGCAAGAUAUGCGGCUCAGGUGUAGGCAAAGCGCGAAGAGAUUCACCGAUGAGGUGUUCAACGGUAGAUGGAACAAGGAGAUUCAAACGCUGGUUCAUAUGCAAUUGCGCAAGUCUGGACACAGGUGA